UGGCUCGAGCGAGCGUAGCCAGUCGGCUCCAGAGCAUUUCGGUGGCCCCCCUCAGCGGCCACUCCAGCACGCGAGCCUCGUUCGGCCUCUUUCCGAGCGCUUUCGUCGCACACCAGGAUGUCCGGCGAGGGGGUCACCGUGACCGGUGCCGAGGAGUACCCCGUCUUCGAGUCGUUCGACGACUACGACCUGCACGAGAACCUCCUCCGCGGCAUUUACUCGUACGGCUUUGAGAAGCCCAGCGCCAUCCAGCAGCGCGGGAUCAAGCCGAUCUUGGACGGGCGUGACACCAUCGGGCAGGCGCAGUCCGGAACGGGCAAGACCGCCACCUUCGUGAUAGGUUGCCUACAGCGCAUCGACUAUGGCAUCAAGGCCUGUCAGGCGCUGAUCCUGGCUCCCACGCGGGAACUGGCGAACCAGAUCCAGAAGGUUGCCCUCGCGCUGGGCGACUACCACUCGGUCCGGUGCCACGCCUGCAUCGGCGGCACCUCGGUUCGGGACGACAUCGACAAGCUCAGGGAAGGGCAGCACCUGGUGGUCGGGACCCCGGGGCGCGUGUACGACAUGAUCGGGAAGCGGCACCUGCGAGUCGACGAGCUCAUCACUUUCGUCCUUGACGAGGCCGACGAGAUGUUGUCGCGCGGCUUCAAGGAUCAGAUUUACGAUAUCUUCAAGACGCUGCCCCCAAACAUCCAGGUUUGCCUGUUCUCGGCAACCAUGCCGCCUGACAUCCUGGACCUCACCACCAAAUUCAUGCGCGACGCCAUCCGGAUCCUCGUGAAGAAAGACGAGCUGACGUUGGAGGGUAUCCGCCAGUUCUACGUCGCCAUCGAGAAGGAGGAGUGGAAGUUGGACACGCUCUGCGACCUGUACGAGACCCUCACCAUCACGCAGGCGAUCAUCUAUUGCAACACCCGCCGCAAGGUCGAUUUCCUCGCCGACCAGCUCGCGAAGCGAGACUUCACCAUCUCGACCAUGCACGCAGAGCUCGAUCAGAAGGAGCGCGACCUCGUCAUGCGCGAGUUCCGUUCUGGUUCGUCGCGCGUGCUCAUUUCGACUGACCUGCUCGCCCGCGGCAUCGACGUGCAGCAGGUUUCUCUCGUGAUCAAUUUUGACCUCCCGCAGAACAUGGAGAACUACCUGCACCGCAUCGGACGCAGCGGGCGUUUCGGUCGAAAGGGUGUCGCCAUCAACUUUGUGACGAACAAUGACGUCCGCACGAUGAAGGAUAUCGAGCGGUUCUACCACACUCAGAUCGAGGAGAUGCCAAUGGACAUCGCGGACCUUAUCUGAGCGUGGUGUUGUGGCUCCACGCACUGUUUGUCGUCAAAAUUGACGCCAAAGUUUUGCUUGCGCAUUCCAGCCCGUUUGCAUGACCGUCAGUUCACAUUUCUCGUUUUUCCUUUCCGCUUGAUGACCUACUCUCAGGGUUCAGGAGAGAUCGACCAGCUUUUGCCCCUGGCUACCUUUCUCGCCUCCAUGUGCUUCUGACCCUCUCCGUGUUGCUCUCUUCUGGCCUCUACAGUGCCGGAUAGGAUCUGGCUCUUGCGGUCUCAGAGCGCCUUUUCGAGCCGUAUGGUCUUCUGCGGCGAAAAGGCCUGCAGCGAUGAGGCUGGGCUCGAUCGAGCCAUUUGCAGUAUGAAGGCAUGUCACUGCGAGGCCGCUCGUGGCACAGCGGUAAUUGGGCGGAUCUUGGAUGUCCCGACGACCAUCUACCAACAUGACAUCCAGGAUCCCCUACACUGGGCAAAGAUUGCAGCCAAGGUGUUUCAAUACCGUACCUAGCUGCUGCGAAUUAAUGCGUGAGUUCUCCCCUUCAAAUUCCAUACCUACGGGGCCCAAUGCUCGCGCUCUUCUUGCCUGCGGCCACUCUUGUCUGCAGCCGAGAUCACAGGUCGGCCUCCCAUUCCCUGUCCGCACGACGUGGGACUCAUCGAUGUACUCCCAGAGCGCAGGACCACGGUAGUUCGGAUUCGGAGCCGAUCGGAGCCGAGCCCCCCUCUUGCGUCGCCGCAGAGGGGGUAGCCCUUCUGACUUGUACAGAGCAGUUCAGGGCAGUGGGCACAUUUAGGAGGGAAACCUUGCGCCUCAGACGCUGAGAGUGGGCGCAUCGGCGAGGAGAACGCCCUGCGCCUCGCGCGCAGGCCCAGACCUCCAGCUCUUGUCCGCCACCAUCGGCGACCUGAGGGCGCUUCCGCGACCUGGG